CUGUGGUGGCUAACGAAUACUAGGUGUAAGAGUUUGGAGCAGAUGUGAUGAGUAUUUUACUCUCUUCUCUUUGCAGGUUAAGCACAUCCACAGUAAUGGCUGCGGCCUUACCCAGGACCCUGGGGGAGUUGCAGCUGUAUAGAAUAUUACAGAAGGCCAAUCUGCUUUCUUAUUUUGAUGCCUUUAUCCAACAAGGUGGUGAUGAUGUCCAGCAACUUUGUGAAGCUGGAGAAGAGGAAUUCUUGGAAAUCAUGGCCCUUGUGGGCAUGGCUAGCAAGCCCCUGCAUGUGAGAAGGCUACAGAAGGCUUUGAGAGACUGGGUUACAAACCCCGGCCUUUUCAAUCAGCCGCUGACUUCCCUGCCUGUUAGCAGCAUACCCAUCUAUAAAUUACCAGAGGGGUCACCAACGUGGCUGGGCAUAUCCUGUAACAGUUACGAAAGGAACAGCAGUGCCCGGGAACCUCAUGUAAAAGUCCCCAAGUGUGCUGCCAUCACCUGUGUGCAGAGCUUGGGACAGGGGAAAUCAGACGUGGUGGGGAGCUUAGCGCUGCAAAGCGUCGGUGAGUCCAGGCUCUGGCAAGGCCACCAUGCCACCGAGAGCGAGCACAGCCUCUCCCCGGCAGACCUUGGCUCCCCAGCGUCCCCGAAGGAAACCAGCGAGGCACUGGAUGCUGCCGCCGCGCUCUCUGUGGCCGAGUGUGUGGAGCGAAUGGCCUCCACGCUGCCUAAAAGCGACUUGAGCGAAGUGAAAGAGCUGCUGAAAACCAACAAGAAGUUGGCCAAAAUGAUUGGUCACAUCUUUGAGAUGAGUGAUGAUGAUCCACACAAAGAGGAGGAAAUUCGAAAAUAUAGUGCAAUAUAUGGCAGGUUUGACUCGAAAAGAAAGGACGGGAAACAUCUCACGCUUCAUGAGCUCACUGUUAAUGAAGCGGCUGCUCAGCUCUGUGUGAAGGAUAAUGCCCUCCUGACAAGAAGAGAUGAACUUUUUGCCCUGGCUAGGCAGAUUUCUCGAGAAGUCACCUAUAAAUAUACUUACAGAACCACCAAGUCAAAAUGUGGAGAAAGAGAUGAAUUAUCCCCGAAGAGAAUUAAAGUGGAGGAUGGGUUUCCGGAUUUCCAGGACUCUGUGCAAACCCUCUUCCAGCAGGCUAAAGCUAAGAGUGAAGAACUUGCUGCUCUUAAUUCACAGCCUGAAAAGGUGAUGACAAAGCAGAUGGAGUUCCUUUGCACCCAAGCUGGCUAUGAGAGACUACAGCAUGCUGAAAGAAGACUGUCCACAGGACUUUACAGGCAAAGCUCAGAAGAGCACAGCCCUAAUGGCUUGACUUCUGAUAACUCUGAUGGACAAGGAGAAAGACCUUUGAAUCUCCGAAUGCCUAAUUUACAGAACAGACAACCCCAUCAUUUUGUGGUGGAUGGGGAGCUGAAUAGACUUUACUCCGGUGAGGCAAAGUCCCACUCAUCAGAGAGCCUUGGGAUUUUGAAAGACUACCCUCACUCAGCUUUUACUUUAGAAAAGAAAGUCAUCAAAACAGAGCCUGAAGAUUCAAGAUAGCUGUGAUUUUUCCCACUGUUCUCUGGAAAUGGCAUCAGUUUUAAGGAUAAUGCUCCAUCAUAGAAAUAAGCCUUAAUAACCAGUGUUGCCUCAUUCAGCUCAAACAGAUUUCAUAGCCAAAGCAUAAGGACUAAUACAGUAGUCUGUGGAAACCAGGAGGACAAAACAACAGCCACAAAAGAAAUUGAAAGAAUGUUGUAACAGAAAUAUAGAUCCACUCACAUUCCUGUGUAAGCUGUUUCAUGUGGGAAGGCUUACAAAUUAAUAUUGUAAGCAUUUAUUUAAGAAUGUACAAUGUAUUUGUGUAAUUUAUAGAAGUAAAAUCUAGAUGUUGAGACCUGUUUGGUCCAGUAGAUAUGGAUACAGUUUUUUUACUUGAAAUUUCAUUGUCUACUUUAAGUGUAUUUAGCAUAAAUAUUAUUAUAUGUCAGAAAUUAGAAUCUUUGCAGUCAGAAAAAAAGAAAGUUUAAGUAAUGUAGUUAUUGGCAGGGUUGCAGUGACUUUGGAGAAAUGGAAUUUAGCAAACACUCAGUUUAAACCAAGAAAAAUAUUGUGGAUUUAAUAUUUGAUGAAACUGAUUUUGUUUAAUAGGAAAUGUGUCACUUAUAGUAGGAAAAUGUCAUUUUGCUAGCUUAAUCAGGCAUAUAUACACAAUAAAUACUGGAGUAAAGUUAAAAAGAUGAGAAAAUACAGUAGGAAAUCUUUCUUAACCUAGUUGACCCAGAUUGCAUUAUAUGAUAGCUACUUAAUAUAUAACAAAAAUAGGGAACUAUUACUUGGACAGAGAACUUGAAACAAGUGGACCGAUGUGUAAAAGCCAUGAUUUAAACAUGCUAUUUCUGAAUGUGUUAAAUAGAUUAAGGCAUAGUAAGUUAACCCUAAAUGUGAUAAGGAUGGUGACUGGUAACAAAGGCUGUAAUAUAUAAUAAAGUAAAUACCGUUUUAUAUCCAGAACUUCUGUACGUACUGGAGUCAGAGAAACUAGAUAGCUCUUCCUAGGGUGUGUCCCACCCAAACCUUCACAAGUGUGGACAAUCACUACAUCCACAUUUGCAGGCAUAUUUCUAUGGCGGUUUAGUUGACACAUAUUCAUUAUUUAUUUUAUUAUUUCAUUUUUGUACACCUUUCAGGUUUGUGAAUGCAGUUUUUUUCUUAAAACUCAUUUUCACUUGAAAGUAUGUUUUAAUUCCCCCUAUUUAAUUAAUGGGCUGUGUGCAUAUGUAUGGGGGUGUGCUUAAAUGUUAAUAAUGUACUUGCAUACUUAAUAAGAAUUUCACAUUGGAAUCCAUAGUAAGAAAACAAAUACUACUAUUGCCAAUUUGAUUUUUCUGUUGGCUUGAGAGGAGAAGAUAUUGACAGCUUUACCGACUUCCUCCAGAUUCAUCUAAACCCAGAUAUUGCUGAGAAGAGCAUAUUGACUUGGAAUAUGCGGAUUUUUGUUUUCAGUUCUGCUCUAGGUCAUAACCGUGUAAAAAAUAUUAAGUCAUACUCUGUUAUACUAGAAUUCAUCAGCCAAAUGUUAGAUGAAAUGUCUGCACUGUAGUUCUGGUCACUGUCACAUGUAUAGUUGCUUUUUCAUUUUGAUUGUCCACUAGCUUUACAGUAGAAACACCAGUAAGCAACUUCUAUACUAUUAAAAGGCUUUUUCCCUUCCUAAAUGUUUUAAUUAUACCAUAGUGUUCUGCCCACUGAAGAAGCUUUUUAUGGACCUUGCAACUCCGUUGCUAGCUUGAGGUUGAUUAUUGUGGUUGUAUUGUUCACUGUGUGUAGAAAUAGUAUGAGUACGAUUUAAAUAGAUUAUUCAGUUUUUAAUAUUAGCCAUAGAACUGGUUAGUAUCUCAGUAGUUUCAUGAAACGUUUCCUGUAUUCUAAUCUAUUUUGAGAAAUUCUGUGGGUUUUUUUUUAAAUUGUGUCUUACAGUUCAAGUUUGUAGAUUUUAAUAAGCAACAAUUUUUAAAGAUGCUGUAACCUUCCAACUAAUAUUUAUCCAUCUUUCAUGGCCAAAAAAACUGCAUCUUUAAAUCCACAAAUAAUUUCCUUAAGUAUCAGACUUUUCUGGUCUUUCAAGCUUAGUGAUAAGAGGGAAGCACAAGAAAAAUUUCAGUAGAAUACAGUUUUUAUUUUGUAAACACUAAUGUAUUAAAUUUGCUAUACAUUGAAGCAAAUAAUAUAUAUUUUUAUUUGAAUUGUAUAUAUGAAUUGGAUGUUACAACAGUUUGUUUUUUUUUUCAUUGUGUUAGAGGUAUUUUCACUGAACAAGGUCAAUUGGUUACCUCAGUAUUACAGCCAAUAGUCCAAGGGACCAUUUCUCCCUCAGUCUGUGUUGUAUUUUAUUAUGUGAAGUCUGCGUUUCUGUGACUCUUAAAGCUGUUGGUGAGGUGGGACGAGUGCACUUGCUUCCUGUGGCAAUAAAGAUUUUGUGCCUCACACAUUUAUGUUUAUAGAACUUUCUGCAUAGCACUUUCCAUGGUAGGUGAUGUUAGCUACUCUGCCUCCCUCUCUGAGUACUUGGUCUGGACUUGGGAAUUAGGGCCCAGGGGCUUGUAUCUUAAGUCAAGACUAAAUAUUGUCAGCAAACUUCAUUUCUAGAAAGUUAUUUGACCAACAGGUACUCAGUUGACUCUGGUCUAUAAGAAAGAAUUUGGUUCUCACAAGUUUACAAAGACAUUUAAAAAACUAUACUAUAUUUAACCAACUAAGUAUUUAAUAAAGGAACAUUAGGAUAUAACAUUUAUAAUAUAUUAAUAUUUAAAGUGCUACUGUGGCUUGGCUCCAGUAUUACAGGUGAAUUAUAUGAAAUUGAACUAACCUGUGGUAGAAAACUGGCAAAAGCUUUGCAAGGAAAUUUUAACUCAUGAGUUUAGUAGAUUAAGAAAGAGCUUCUAUGUAUCAAGCACUGUGCUAGGUGCUGUGAUGAGGGUGGAGGCCACAGAAGAAAUAUAAGACGUGAUCCUUGUCCUUUGGGAACGCAGUACCUGGUUGAAUUUUAACUAAUGCCACUCAUAUAAAAAUACAAGUUUUUGUGUGUUACAGACGGGAUGAAUAAGGAGCUGACAUGUAUGUGCAUCCGAUGUUUCUAGGCACUUGACAGGUGAAAGAAAGCACAUGUAGUGAGUGAGACUCACAAGAGAUCAGCCAGGACUGCAGCAGUUACCAGAAAGCUGUAGGAUAUGACACAAAGCCAUAGUGGUCGUGCAUUUCACUCUGAGGCCACUUAAAAAAAGAAAAUCAUUACCAUUUUAUUUCAAAGCCAAAUGCCAGUUAGAUGAUCUUACCAGGAUGAUAAUUCUUUUGACAGUCCCACUGAACCUGCCAAAAGACAGGAGAAAAAAUGGGCUUUUUCCUGUCCUUAAUUAGUAAAACCACUUGGGUAAAAGCUUUAGAAUUUGGUGAUUAUGAGGCUACUAGCACCUAGUGUACCUUUACAAUUAUAGUUGAUGGUAUUUAAGACUUAAAACCUAAAUAAGCAUGCAUGGAAUUUCCUAACACAUCGUUUGCUAGUUGGCUACUCAAGUGUUAUUGGCACACAAUACCCAUUUGCUUACUGAGUCUUCAAAAGAAAAUGAACCAAGGUAUUAACCUUAUGAAACUAGGAGGUCUGUCUCUUAUGGGAAAUGAAUUCAGUUAGUAAAUAGCUGAAGUUAGAACUGAGCAAAUGCUCUGUGUUUGUAACAGUUUGAAGCAUAUGACCAAAUAUGGCAGCUGCUGUUUAACUAAAAACCACCUAAUGGUCCAGCUGUGUGCAUGGGUGGUGUUUCAGGGAAUCCAAGUUUGUGUAUUCAUUAUUAUCUCUGGGUGUUCUCAUAAAUGAAAUUCUCAAGUGGGCCUACAAAGUUAAUAAAAGAAGGAUCCAAUUUCCAGAAAUUUACUUUCAUUGUAAAUAUGUUUAAUCUCAAAAACUUUGCUGUUUAACUGUAGGACCCCGUCGGAUGAUUCUUAUUUUACAUAGACAUGAUCAAAAGCUAAAUGGUAGGGCUAAUGUUUUUUUACUUUUUUUUUUUUUGAGUAUGCAACAGUUACAGCUUUACAGCUUCUUUCCUGGCAUCUGUUUCUACUGACCUAUGAAAAUUAAAUAAAUAAACAUCGCCACCACCUCAAAGGUGUUUUUAUUUUUUUGUUCAGAAAAAAAUAAGUCAAAUUUAUAAUUUAAGUUGAACUUAUAAACCUAUACAUUUAGCAGAUUUUAUCAACCACUUCUGUGGGAACUAUGAAUAAUGAUUUGUUUCGAUUAUAAAAUUGGUUAAUUAAGCUCCUUUAUUGUCUUACUUCUUCAUAUUCCUGUGUUUUAAGGGUCACAAAAUUUUUAAUUAUUAAAACAAUAUCCUGUU